AUGGCUACGGUUCGGCCGAUGGGUCUCCCUCCUGGGCGGGCCACGGGAGGGGCUAAGUCCGUGUGGCGUUUCCUCCUCGUUCUCGCGGUCGUUUCGCUCGUCUCGCUUGUGUCGCCCGUCGAUUCCAAGAAGAUCUUCAGCCCCCCACCCGCGCAGCCCAUAAUCAUGUGCUCCCUGAACGUCAUAGUGUGUGGGGCCAACGGUCAGAUGUACCCGUGCAGGGAGAUGGCGCCCAAGGGAAUGGCCACCACCACCGACCUCUCCAAGUGUCGCCCGCCUGGGGAUGUGAUCGUGACGCCUUCUGAAUCUCAAUGCCCCAUUAAAGCUUCAAAGGUGUGUGCCAGUGACGGGAGGAACUACUCCUGUGCUAACGUGGCACCCAAGGGGCUGCUGACGACGACAGACCUAUCUGCUUGCCAGACACCUGCCACGUGUCCCUGGUCCACGUCAGCAUACAGCAAAUCCAGCCUGGCACUCCUGGCCAACGCAUGCAGCUCCCUCCCUCUCUCCUCCUCCUCUUCGUCCUCCACACCUCUUCCCAUUACCUCCUCUCUGAUUGGCUGCUGCGCUGCCACGUCAGCACUCCUCCAAUCCACCGCCAUUGCCACCGCAAAGGCUAAAUCGCCGAGGGUAAAUACCCCUGCGGUUUUCGACGCCCGUGCCGGGCAGUGCAUGAAGGAGUUUGUACCCUAUUUACAAUCUCCCAAAGCCGCACUUGCAGCAGCAGCAUCAGCGUCAGCAGCAGCGGUUGCGGUUCUUUCUAAGUUCAAUCCGGUGCUACAGUGCGGGCGGCUGGGGUUUGGGGCGGUGCAAUUUGGACUGGAUGGAGGGAAGGGGGCAUGUCACGGAAUUACCACAGAAGCUCAGCUCACAUCCGCGUUAAAAGCCUCUCCAGUAGGGUGGGUGAGCAGCUACAUGCAGAAGGACUGCAGCAGCACCACUGGCAGCAGUGGCCGGUGCCCAGACUGUGCCAAGCAGGUGUCGACGCUCUUUGAUGCUCUCGUCCACCCUGGCGACUCCACUUCACAAAAGCAGCGCUGCUGGGCUUUAAUCGCCUACUAUACAGCAUCUUCACUCGGCAACUCUACCAGUCAGAGCAACGGCAUCGCCCUUUGCCUGCAUAAGAACGCCCCUUCCUCCCUCCUGCCUCCUGGGACCACUAUCAAGGCAGCUACUAUUAUCGCCGCACCUGCUAUUAAGCCUGCAGCGACUGUUAAGCCUCCUAGUCUCCCCCCUGUCAAGCCUACUAGUAAGAUCACUGUUGGAACUGCUGAAGUCAUGGAUCCAACCCCAGCAUCCACCUUCCGCGCCGCAGUUGACACGUCAGCAGGCGCCAGCUCAGCGCCAUCCACGUCAGCACGGUCCACGUCAGCAACGGCGAUCAUCGUCGCCAGCGUGGCGCUGGCGGUCCUGCUGGCAGCAGUCGUGGCAGCAACCGUCCUAGCUGUCAGGGGCGCGCGGCACCACAUGCACAGGCAGCGACUCGCCUCCUCUAUCUCGGUAUACCCCAGUGGUUCCUAUAUUGAGUUCUCUUUUGUGGAGUCUACACCUUUGCCUGAAAUUAUACUUCCCUAUCAUGUGAAGGUGGAUGCAUUCGAGGUUGCUUGA